GGGCGUCAACGAAAAGGGCAGGUCCGUGCGUCUUGACUGACAUAGGGAGCACUAGAGAGGAUAAGUGUCUUGUUCUGUCUGCUUGGGAAAUUUAUGGGGCUUUAAAUUCUCACAGGGACACGGAUUCAUCAAAGGGGGACUGCGAGGUUUUUCUGUCCAUGUGUUCCAGAAUAGAGUGAGCAGAGAUUCUGUGAACUGCCCUCAAAUAUAUUUUGCAGGUGCAUGGUUCUCAUUGCUAUUGAAGACAAAUUUUGUCUUAGCUGUGAACUUGCCCUGCAAUAUAGAAACAAUGACUGUUUCCAAUGCCAAAUCUGGCACAGCUAUGCAGCAGGUGCUGGACAACCUCAAAGAGCUGCCGCCUUCUACAGGAGCCAAAGACAUCGACCUCAUCUUCCUCCGCGGCAUCAUGGAGAGCCCCAUUGUUCGUUCCCUUGCUAAGGCCCAUGAGCGAUUGGAGGAUGUUAAGCUGGAGGCGGUUCAAAGUAAUAACGUGGAGCUAGUGAGUGAGAUCCUGUCUGAUAUGAGCAGUCUGAUCAUUCGGGAUGAAAGUGCAGCAGAACUCUCUAACAUCCUGAAGGAACCGCAUUUCCAGUCCUUGUUGGAAGCUCAUGACAAGGUGGCCUCUAAAUCAUAUGAAGCUCCUCCCACCAGCACCAAUUCCACCAGCAUGUCCAGCUCAUCCCUCAUGCCGGCUGACACGGUUCGCAUGAUCAGCAUCCAGAAGAAGGCUGGAGAGCCUCUUGGUGUAACAUUCCGGGUGGAGGAGGGUGACCUUGUCAUCGCGCGUGUUUUGCAUGGCAGCAUGAUUGACAGGCAGGGGAUGCUCCAUGCAGGUGAUGUCAUCCGAGAGGUGAACGGCCGAGAGGUGGGCAAAGACCCCAUGGCAUUACAGCACAUGCUGAGGGACUGCAAUGGAAGCAUCACGCUCAAAAUCCUCCCCAGCUACAAGGACACACCUCCACCCGCACAGGUGUACCUGAAGCCACAUUUCAACUACAAUCCUAACACCGAUAACCUGAUCCCAUGUAGGGAGGCGGGUUUGGCUUUCUCCAAAGGAGACAUUUUGCAUAUAGUGAACAAGGAGGACCCCAACUGGUGGCAAGCAUGUAACAUAAAUGGAGGACAUACUGGUCUGAUCCCCAGUCAGUUUCUGGAGGAGAAGAGGAAAGCAUUUGUAAGGAGAGACCUGGAUGGAUCAGGAAUCCUUUGUGGGACACUAACAGGAAAAAAAAAGAAAAAGAAAAUGAUGUACUUAACGGCGAAGAAUGCAGAAUUUGAUCGGCAUGAAUUGCAGAUCUACGAAGAAGUAGCAAAGAUGCCUCCAUUCCAGAGAAAAACUCUUGUUCUGAUUGGUGCUCAGGGUGUGGGCCGUCGAAGCCUCAAGAACCGACUGAUUGUGUUAAACCCAUUGAGAUAUGGAACUACUGUACCCUUCACGUCUCGACGUCCCCGUGAUGAUGAAAAGGAUGGCCAGUCGUACUGCUUUGUAUCACGGGAAGAGAUGGAGAUGGACAUCAAGGCAAGUCGAUACCUUGAGCAUGGAGAGUAUGACGGAAAUCUGUAUGGAACCAAAAUGGACUCGAUCCAUGAAGUUGUUCGUGCAGGACGGACUUGCAUCCUAGACGUCAACCCUCAGGCGCUGAAGGUACUGAAGACAUCAGAGUUUAUGCCGUUUGUGGUUUUCAUCGCGGCCCCAGAGCUUGACACAUUACGGGCCAUGCACAAAGCUGUGGUGGAUGCUGGGAUCACAACCAAAUUACUGACGGAAACGGACUUAAAGAAAACAGUGGAUGAAAGUGCCCGGAUCAAGCGGGCGUACAAUCACUACUUUGAUCUGACUAUAGUUAAUGACAAUCUGGACAAGGCCUUUGAGAAACUGCAGGCAGCUGUGGAGCAGCUGACCACACAACCACAGUGGGUACCUGUCAACUGGGUUUACUGAGACAAACUUCAUCGCCAUCAUCAUCAGCGGAGGCACCACUGAUAGGUCAGCGGCACAGAACACAAGUUACCCAUCAAUCCCUAUGCAAAUGUACACUAGCCAUCCUGUCACGCUUGACAUAAGGGAAGUGUACUUAUUUAUUAACUCUUGUUUUUUUUAUUAUCAUUAUUCUACUGACUAAACAUACUGAGAAGAAUGUUACUCUGAGGGACGGAAACACAUAGGAAUAUUUUGAAAAAACUUGUCAUGAAUUAUUUUUCCAUUGAAAUGUAUAAGCUGCAUUACAGUAUUUAUAGCAGGCUCUGUUUUCCUGUUCCUGUCUUUUUAUUUGUUACAAAUGUUGGUUUACAGUGCAGAAAUCAUCUCAUCAUCUUUCUAAAAUUGGUGCUCAUAUCGAUGGGUUACUAGAGUAGGUCAGAAUUUGAGCAGCUUUAUAGUUUAGAUGACUUCUAAAUCUUUAUUCGUGUCAAUGUUAGUUUGGAUUUAAGAAAAGCUUGACAUACAUUAGUUUGAAGUGAACAUGAUAGCACUUUAUUUUACAGCUCUGUUCUACAUGUAUGUGCAAUGUACUUACUGUAAUAAUUAGGUACUAAGCCUGAACCUAAGUGUACUUUAAAAGGCUUUGUGUUAAUCUGUGCACAUAGGCUUAAAGUAAACUCCGUUGAAAACAUUCUUAACAAAAUUUAAAUUUAAUCUAUUUCCUCCCUCCAGUUAUGAGGAAUCAAAUGUCUAUGGACCCUGUUAAAGUUGAGAUGUUUGAAAUUGCAUUGAUUGAUUUAUUAUUAUUUUUAAAGACUGUGAACAGUGGCCCAGUGAACAUAUUUUGCUUUUCACUGCAUUGUAUUUUAACAGCUUGAUCUAUAUAUAUUUCUCAGUAUGUGAUAGUGUCCAAAAAACAAACAAAAACAGCGGUGCUUGAAUUGGAUGUGUGAUGUUUAUUAGCAAUAUUGUAAUUUCUGAUUUCAUAAUAUGCGGGCUGGCAUUAUCAAGUGUGUUUACUGGGAUAAAAACAAAACCGAAAGAUAUCUUUAGUCCAAAAGUGUUCACUGUAUGAUGAAGGUUUAAAAAACGUCAAAGAUAAACCUACAUACAAUCAUUUUUAUAUAUAUGUAUUUACAAGAUAAGUUACCAGCCUAAGUUGGUUAACUGGUUUUAGCUGGUUGACCAGCCUGGUUUUAGAGGGGUUUUGGCCAUUUCCAGCCUGGUCUUAGCUGGUCAGGAUAGAAAAUGACCAGCCUGAUUUAAGCUGAGUGUAGCUGGUGUUGGCUUUGCUCCCAGCCUGGCUAGGCUGGUCAAGCUGGUUUUAGCUAAGACCUGGCUGGAAAUGGCCAAAACCCCUCUGAAACCCGGUUGGCCAACCAACUAAAACCAGCCAACCAUCUAAGGCUAGUUUAGGCAGUUUUUAGCAGGGUUAUAGUUAAUUAAUAUGACAUAAGCAAGUGAUUUUAGUAAAAAAUUUAGAUGGAUUUUUAACAACUACAACAGUUACAUUUCAGCAACACUACAACGGCUAAUUCCAGGAUUUUAGACAUUUAUUGUAAUAACCCACAUUUACUAGAUUAAAUUCUAAAUGAAUCGGGCCUAAUCAAGCUAAGACACUUGUACAACAAACUUGGCAACAUAUAAAUAAAGGUCAUUUUAUAAACACACACACACACACACACACACACACACACACAGUUGACGUCAGAAUUAUUAGCCCCCCUUUUAUUUUUUUUUCUUCUAUUUUUCAAAUGAUGUUUAACAGAGCAAGGAAAUGUUCACAGUAUGUCUGAUAAUAUUUUUUUCUUCUGGAUAAAGUUUGUUUUAUUUAGACUAGAAUAAAAGCAGUUUUUUUUUUUAAACCAUUUUAAAGUCAAACUUAUUUGCCCCUUUAAGCUAUAUAUAUUUUUUCGAUAGUCUACAAAACAAACCAUUAUUAUACAGUAACUUGCCCAAUUACCCAAACCUGCCUAGUUAACCUAAUUAACCUAGUUACCCUUUAAAUGUCACUUUAAGCUGUAUAGAUGUGUCUUGAAAAAUAUCUAGUAAAAUAUUAUUUACUGUCAUUGUGACAAAGAUAAAAUAAAUCAGUUAUUAGAAAUAAGUUAACUAACAUAAACUAUUAUGUUUAGAAAUGUGUUAAAAAAAACUCUUCGUUAAACAGAAAUCGGGGGAAAUAUAUAAGGAGGGGGGCUACUGAUUCAGUUGGGCUAAUAAUUCUGACUUUUACUGUAUAUAUGCAGGGUGAUUAAAAAUAACCACAACUUUUGGAAAAUCUGUAUUAAAUCAAAGAAACAUGAUGGAACUUCAGGUAAUUUAUCAAUGUAAGGAGUACUUAAAAUUUUUUUUUCAGUAGAAAACAAGUUCAUAGAUGUUUAAUAUGACCCCUCAUGACAUUCGAGUGACAUGAACCCGAUACUUGUUCCACACUCUCUGUAGCUCCUCGGGCGUAACAGCUUGGAUAGCUGCAUUUAUCCUUGUAGUUCCUCAAUGUGAAACAUCAGAGCUUCCUUAAAUCGACAACAGAAAAAACUUAGCUCACCUUUUCUUUGCAGAGUUCCUAAUUUUCAAAGUUCUGUUAUUCUUUUUGAAUCACCAUAUAUAUAUAUAUAUAUAUAUAUAUAUAUAUAUAUAUAUAUAUAUAUAUAUAUAUAUAUAUAUAUAUAUAUAUAUAAUGACAAUAACACAAUUGUACUUAAAGGUUAAAUUGAAAACGCCUCUACCUUGCCUGUAUCCAAAAUUGACCCCAUAUCCUUGCUGCAUUACAGUCAUUAUGAUUGUACCACUGAUGUACAGCCAACAGAGAACACUCAUGAUGCAGAGUUGUUGCAUUGAAUGAUUUUUUUGCCAUAGCUUCCACAUUAGAAUCCUAUCAGAGAAAGUUUUUAAAUAAAUGAUUUAAAUGGUAAAUUUAAUGUUGGUGUAGUUAGGAAAGCAAGAUGACCAAUCUGAGGUAUUGCAGCAAAGCACAAACAAAAUGCAUCCCUUUCUCUGCACUCAGUGCUACAGUUUACUCACUGGAUUUCAUUCACUGGACCAUAUUAGUGAACUCACAUAGGGAAUAGUGAAUAAGGAUGAUUUACUUUGAUGCAGCACUUGGAAACACCAUUUUCCAUUUAAAACACAUCUCUAGUUGGAUAAUAUUCAUCACAUUUUAAUUAGAAGUUUUUUAUUUGGUGUAUUAACUUUUUUUUUUUUUGUACAAUACGGCUUUUAAUAGAAAGAACUUAAUCUCCAUAUAAAUUGUAGUUUUAUGGAAUGUAAAAGCUGUAAAACAUAUCAUCUCAGAAUGCUCAUAACAACCUUAUAAUUCCAAACUAAUGAACUGAGUGUCAAAUGAAGCAAAAAUGUGUUCUGUGUCCAGCUGAUCUUGUAUUUUUAAAAAAUUCUUAAUUAGCUUGAGUAAGUAUAUUGCAAGUACAUGUACUGAAAAUGAAGUGCAACAAAUGUCACGGUUUUAAAGUCACAGAGUUGUGAGCUCAGUCAUUGUGUUGCUUGUAUGUCACAGUAUCCAGAACCAGCGCUGUAUUUUGCUAAGAUUUAUUAAAGCUGGCACAGACUGACCUUUGAACACGAACUAUAGACCAAGUGUGUCAUGAUCACAGCCUUCCUGGCCUCACUACUAGUCUUCUUGGUUGUAUGUAGGGAUGUACUGAUCUGUCUCUGGCGACUUGCUCCAGUGUGUUUUUCAAGGCUUGCGUAUUCACUUGAAAAUUCUAUAUUUUGCAAUACAGAGAGUUGUAUUUUCUGAAAUGAAACCGCUGUCUAAUAAAUUAAUCUUAAUUUUGAA